GCUCCCAUCGUGCUUCUUCUUCUUCUUCUUCUGAUGGCGCCUCUCCCCCCCUCCUCGUCCGAAUUCACCGUCGUGAUGCCGGACUCGUCGGCCCUCGUCGACGCGCCGCAGACGGGAUUCUCCGACAGCGCCAGGACCGACCCGGCCGAGCAGCGGGCGGUGUACGAGAUCAUGGAGGCGACGGGCAACGGCUGGGCCACGUCCAUCCCCGACGUGUGCCGCGGCCGCUGGCACGGCAUCGAGUGCAUGCCCGACACCAACGACGUCUACCACGUCGUCUCCCUCUCCUUCGGCGCCCUCUCCGACGACACCGCCUUCCCCACCUGCGACCCCGCCCGGUCCUCCCUCUCCCCCGCCCUCCUCGCCCUCCCGCACCUCCGCUCCCUCUUCUUCUACCGCUGCUUCACCGGCAGCCCUCAGCCCGUCCCCGCCUUCCUCGGCCGCCUCGGCCCCACCCUCCGCUCCCUCGUCCUCCGCGAGAACGCCAACACGGGCCCCAUCCCGGCCGAGCUCGGCAACCUCACUUCCCUUCGGGUGCUCGAUCUCCACGGGAACCAUCUCAGCUCUUCUGUUCCGCCGUCGCUUCAACUCCUGAGGAAUCUCCAGUUACUGGAUUUGAGUCACAACCAGCUCUACGGCCCAGUUCCUGAACUCAACCUUCCCUCCUUGACCGUCAUGGACCUCAGCCGUAACCUCCUCCAUGGCCGGAUUCCAACUUCUUUCGGGCGGUGGGAUUCCCUCGUCAAGAUGGACCUGAGUCGAAAUCGCUUCUCUGGUUCGAUUCCAGACUCUCUCUGCGACCUACAGAACCUGGUAUUACUCGAUCUGAGUCACAAUCGCCUCGCCGGCCCUCUCCCACGCUCUCUCGGUGGGUUGAGGUCGCUAACAGCGUUGAUUCUCACCGGCAAUCCGAUGAGCUCAGCGAUGAUUCCCAAGGACGCAUUUGCAGGGCUCGCAGCGUUGAACACACUCAUUCUAUCCAACAUGGGGCUGCAAGGAUCCAUACCCGAGUCCAUCGGAGAACUGGGAAGCCUUCGGGUACUUCAUCUCGACGGGAACAAGCUGAACGGUUCCAUACCUAAAAGCUUUCAGAAGCUACAGAAGCUGACCGAGUUAAGGGUGAACGACAACCAGCUCAUGGGGCCCAUCCCCAUCGGCAGGGAGAUGCUGUGGAAGAUGGGGAAGAAGCUGAGGCUCUACAACAACUCGGGACUGUGUUACGACAUGAGCUAUGGAAGAUACGAGGGGAUCGAGUCGAUGUCGGGCAUCAGUUACUGCGAGACGGAGAGCAAAGAUGCUGCGAGUGCGAGGAGUCAUACGACGAAGCAUUACUUGUCGUCCACGUCGAGGGACGGCGGUCAUGGCCGGCCCUCCAGUUUAAGCUCUUCCGGCGCGGCCCGUAAACUCCACCUCGCCCAAGAAGAGCUUGUCGAUCUGAUCGCACCGCUGCUCGUCUCUCUUCUUGUGUUCUUGUAGCCGUCGCUGUGGCAAAAGUCCUGCACGCAAAGACUGCUUCUUCGCUUGCGGAGAGGAAUCAACCAACCGCUGUAAAUUUCCCAGUCAAAGGAACGCGGUGGGGGCUGCACGCAGUUGGAUUCUCUUUCAAGCCAAGAUUCCGAAGCCAACGAGAAGGGUUAGCUCGGAGGGGGGACUGCGACAGCACAGCGGCUUGUUCUACCUCUGCGUCGACAAGCUGGCCAGAGCUCUCUCUUCUGCUCACCCAUCGAUUAACCCUCCUCUGCAGGAACACACGGCUGGUCUCUGUUUCCUUCAGAGGAAGAAGAAAACUGUACUUUCUCCAUAGGAGCAUAUGAUUCUUCGAUUGCGAAGGAAGAACUAUAUGGUUCUGUGGCUUCCGUCACUCAUAAUGCAUGUCAUGUGUUGCGUGCUUAUUACCUCA